AUGGCAGACAUCUUGAGUCUUUACAAGAUUCCACAGAUUUCAUAUGGCUCAUUUGAAUCAGCAAUGAAUGAUCAAAACAAGUUCCAUUCCUUUUACCGCAUGGUCUCCAGUGAAGCCCUCCAGUACCGGGGAAUUGUCCAGUUACUUCUGCACUUCAAAUGGAAAUGGGUCGGGCUGUAUGCGAUAGAUAAUGAAGGUGGGGAACGAUUCUUGCAGACCAUGGAGCCUAUGCUUUUGCAGAAUGGAAUAUGUUCAGCAUUCAUAGAAAGAGCUCAAACACAUGUGCACUUCUCUGAUAACAUAGAAGAAAUGGUUGCUUACAUAAAGGAUAAUUUUCCAACUUUCAUGCUGAGCAACGCCAAUGCAGUUGUUAUAUAUGGAGAAAGUGGGACUAUUACAUGGUUGGGAGGGAUUAUAGGGGCAAUCAAGCUCCACUCAUUCCUGCAGAGAAUCUCAUUCAACAACAGUGUUGGAGAUGCAAUUACACUGGACGAACAUGGAGAAUUAGCAUCUGGAUUUGAUAUUACAAACCUGGUCACAUUCCAAAAUAAAUCUUACAUCAGAGUUAAAGUAGGGAGGCUUGACCCUCUUGGGAAAGACUUCACCAUUGAUAAUGACAGAAUUGAAUGGCACAGAGGCUUGACUCAGGUGCCACCCCUUUCAGUAUGUAAUGACAAGUGUCGUCAUGGUUAUGGGAAGAAGAGAGAGGAGGGUAAGAAAUUCUGCUGCUAUUCUUGUGCUCCAUGUCCAGAUGGGAUGGUCUCAAAUGAGAAGGAUGAAGAAACCUGUGUCAAUUGUCCAGAAGACCAAUAUCCAAACGAAGACCAGGAUCAAUGCUUUCCUAAGAUUCCAAACUUCCUGGCAUUUGAUGACACUUUAGCCAUUGUUUCAACUUUCUUUGCACUUUUGUUAUCUCUGAUCACAGUUCUGGUGCUGGGCAUCUUCAUUAAGCACCAGAACACAGCCAUAGUCAAAGCCAACAACAGAAGCCUCACCUACAUUCUCCUCAUCUCCCUCCUCUUCUGUUUCCUUUGCACCUUGAUGUUCAUUGGAAAGCCUAAUGGGGUGACUUGCCUUCUCCGACAAACUGUUUUUGGUCUAAUCUUCUGUGUGUCCAUCUCCAGCAUCUUGGCCAAAACGGUAUCUGUGGUUUUAGCAUUCAUGGCCACCAAACCAGGAUCUAGGAUACGGAAAUGGAUAGGGAAACAAUUGGCUUUUUCCAUCAUUCUGUCCUGCUCCAGUAUUCAAGUAGGGAUCUGUGCUCUGUGGUUGGCAACUUUUCCUCCAUUUCCAGAUUUAGAUACACACACAAUGCUUGACCAAAUUGUACUCUUAUGUAAUGAAGGGUCAGUCACCAUGUUCUGCUGUGUCUUAAGCUACAUGGGUUUCCUGGCCAUUGUCAGCUUCACUGUAGCCUUCCUAGCCAGAAAAUUACCUGACACUUUUAAUGAAGCCAAGUUCAUCACCUUCAGUAUGUUGGUGUUUUGCAGUGUUUGGCUCUCCUUUAUUCCAACUUACUUGAGCACAAGAGGGAAGUACAUGGUAGCUGUGGAGAUCUUCUCCAUCUUGGCUUCCAGUGCUGGGUUACUGGGUUGCAUAUUUUUUCCAAAAUGCUACAUUAUUGUGGUGAGGCCUGAGUUGAACAAUAAAGUACAUCUGAUACGAAAAAAGAUGUAA